UCCUUGCCGAGUUGACCUGGGAAGGCACGAAGCUGGGGUACCGAAAAGGAAAAAGGUGAGAAGUCGGUGAGGGGUAGCUCGGUAGCUCUUGAUAAGCCCACGAUAAAAAAGGGGGCGGCAGGAGCCGGCGGGCGGUAUUGCACGCGAGAGGUCCGUCUGUCAUUUCCAAGGCAUUGUCGCGACCUGUCUACCUUAAUAACUUCAUAUUAUAACAAAAGAGACCGUUCUUUUCAAGCCACAGUCGCCCAUACCUCUUUUCCACCUCGAACACCGCCAAGACGAUGCCUGACCGGUCCCAUCCACCGCCGCCACCACCACCGGCAACAACAGCAAUAUCAACACACGACCCUACAACAAGCUCGACAGCACCACCAGCACCCCGCCGAGGCAUGUCGCGCAGCUUAUUCAAAAGCCAUCUCAUGCGUCGUCCCACCUCGGGCGCCGUUAUUCCCAGCGCAGGGGUGGCCGCUCCACCGUCGUCUUCCUCCAACAACUCGGCCGAGACGCUGCGCCUUCCCAAUAUGGACAUCCACAGCGACGACGCUUCGCCCGAGCUUGUGGUGCGCAACACGCAUGGGGAGAUUGAAAUCUUCGGCGACUUGCCCAUCUCUGGGAUGCUGGAUGACGGCGACGAGGGUGUCUUGCAUGACCAAGAGGAGCCCAAGAGUGAGUUUUUUUUUUUUCCUGAGAGUCCCGAGUCAAAUGGGAGGCUAGGGGUGGACGCUGACUUGGGGUGCUACCGUUGUGAAGAAGAGAGGCAGCGACUUGCCGAUGCGGUUAAGCAGCAUCAGCUCAACCAUUCAGCGGUCCUGGAUCAUCCUGAAGGUACGUAUAUUCAUCCUGUCUUCAUCUCAUGUGUCAUUUCAUCCAUCAUCCUUCCAGCGGCCGGUUUUUUGCUAUGGGUAUAUGGAUCCACACUACAGAUUCCCACUAGCAACGCUAUGCUUUUUUUUUUCUUCUUUUUUUUGGGGGGGGUUUUUUUUUUGCCCCCCUUCCCCUUUACGCCUGCUAACCCGCUGGAUGAUGUGAAGAGGUCCUUGAUGACAUCAGGCGAAGCCUCAAGGCCAAAGUGGCGGCCCUCGAAGAGGACCAGUGGAUGUAUGAGGCCGGGGAUUGUACAAUGCGCCGCUAGAAGCAGCCUAAGUAUCCCUGGCCGCCUCUUCCUGGCUUGACCUGGCGCGGGACACACCAUCCCAACGACGCCUAACGGCACAGACGCCGAUGCUUUUCUUUCCCUGAUGCGAGCCAGUGUCACGGGUGAGAACGCCGAAUCGAC